AAAUUCAAACUGGAGUAUGGCGGCGGAGAAAGAGGCUGAGGACAGCAAACAGAGCCGGAGGGGAACAGUAUGUAAUAUAGUCAUAAGCCAAGAGAUGCAUCAGAACCAGCCAGUCAUCUUCAACCCUGACUUUUUUGUGGAGAAACUCAGACAUGAGAAGCCCCAGGUGUUCAUGGAGCUGCUGUUGAGUAACAUCACCAGGCUCAUUGAUUUACCUGGAGCAGAAUUCGCCCAGCUGCAGGGGGAGGCCGACCCCAAGCUCCCCGUAUCGACAGGCUUCCUCCGCCUUCCGAGCUUCCUGAAGCGUAAAGAAAAAGGAGUGGUCUUUGGAGCGCCCCUAACUGAGGAGGGCAUUGCACAAAUUUACCAGCUAAUCGAGUACCUUGGGAAAAACCUGCAUGUGGAGGGUCUGUUCCGUGUGCCUGGGAACAGCAUCAGACAGCAGGCCCUGAGGGAGAUGCUCAACAGCGGGGCAGACAUAGACCUGGAGACGGGGGACUACCACCCCCACGACGUGGCCACGCUACUCAAAACCUUCUUGGGGGAGCUGCCGGAGCCGCUGCUGACUCACCGCCAUUAUCACGCUCAUCUCAAAAUAGCCGAGAUGAUGUUGUUUGAUGAGAAAGGUAAUAAGACAUCUGUCCCUAACAAAGAGCGUCAGAUUGAAGCGCUCCAGCUGCUCUUCAUGCUGCUUCCUCCAGCCAACCGCAGCCUCCUCAAACUGUUGCUGGACCUGCUGUAUCAGACCGCCAAGCAACAAGACAAAAAUAAAAUGUCUGCCUACAACUUGGCGCUCAUGUUCGCACCCCACAUCGUAUGGCCAAAAAAUGUCACAGCGAAUGAUCUGCAGGAUAACAUGAAAAAACUCAACAACGGCAUCGCGUUUCUGAUCAAGCACUCGCAGAAGUUGUUUCGGGCACCAUCAUAUAUCAAAGAACAUGCCCGGACACUCUUUGCAGGAUCGAAAACUCCUCAAUCAAAGGAUGACAUGGAGCUGUAUGCUGGGGUGGUCAACCGAAGCCUGCUGCCCACCAAAAGAAGCAGUGAGGAGCAUGAUGGUGGUGAGCAGCACACCCAGGAUGCUCUCCGAGAGCUCUUCAAUCACGUUACCAAUAUGCCAGACUCUACAAAAAAGAAGAAGCUGAUUCGACAGUUCAAUAAGCAGGGAACGCCAGUACGGGAAUGCUCCAGACCUUCAAGUCAGAAGCAUGGCCGCUCACGGUCCUUUGGAGGUCUUAUCAAGCGAAAGGUUUUGGGGAACCAGCUUAUAACUGAGAGGACAGAAACAAGAAUGACCCAGACCAAAGAGGUGGCCAAGGGAAACGGUGCCUCAUCUGUCAGAAGGACUCCUCUGUCACCUGCCCAGCAGUCUAGUUUAAGCCUACCGUAACUUAUUUAUUUGGGAAAGUAACCAUUGUGGAUCAGGUAAUAUUUAUUUGGACACAGCUAGACAACAGUAAACUAUGCAAAUAAGAUGAUUUUUCCAAACCAGUGUGGUAGGAGUUUGUCCCAGGUGUUUCAGGUUUUAAAAAUCUGGCACUUUCUAAACUACUAAUUCAUUUGUAAAGAAAAUUGAAAAGAAAAAAAAUGCAGUAUACGCCAGAUUUGCAAGUGCCAAGCAAGCAUUAAGCAUGUAGCAUGUACUCAAAGGUCUAAGCUGGAUGGGAAGCCCAUGUUUUUGUUAGUUACGCAUGGCUUUUAAUACUGUGUGCUUUAGCUUCUGUAGCAUAUGAACAGAGAGCUCGUGUACAUGGUCAGGAAGCUAAAUCGUGGUGUUUGGUUUUUAAGGCAUGAGCAGUGUAGUGUGACCACACAUGGGCCCAUUUCAGGCCAUGUUUCAGAAAGGUUGUGGUGGUAUAAAUCCAUACCUGUUACAGAGAACUGCUCUUUAGUCUUGAGGGUAUUUUGAAAGUGGUAACUGGAAACUGUUCUUUGGGAUUGAGGGAACUGGAUGGAAAUGGUAUUUGUUAAGAAAAUGAGUUUAGUUUUUGGUGCUAUUUAACUCGACUUCCCCCGUAAAAGUGCUGCAGCAUUUAAAACGUUUAUUUUGCUAUGAUAUAUUUCACGUUUCUUUGCUGGUGCAGCUUUCUCCAUCACUCCAAAACACACUGUAGGAAAUCGGAACCCCAUACAGUUACGCGUUUGUGUGUAUAUUUAAGUUUGCGUGCGGUUUAGUGGAAUGAGAGUCUUGUCAUUUUGUACGAAUUUGUGUUUGUAAAAAUAUUAAUUGCUUAGUAUAUUUUUAGAUAACAAAAUGGAACAAGUGUGAUGGGCGACUUAUAUCUUCCUUUGGGAUUGUUACGUUUUAUAACAAUUUAUUUUUUGUACUUUUAUUGGGAUGCGUUUUUACUAACUUGCUGCCGAUUUUUUUCUUUUUUUUUUUUGUUUUUUAUAAAUGUGAAAAAGCUUG